AUGAGCAACAUCAAAUCAAAAGACCUCUCCUACGACAAAUCAGCCUCCCAACCAGCCUUCCUCCAACGCCUGCGCGAUCAGAACAGCGCAAUCUCCUCCUCAGGCCGUCACGAACAACCCAUCGCCCGCGCCCAACGNACCAAAAACCCCAACAAUGAUGACGAAGACGCACCAACCUAUGUGGUAGAAGGAAGCUCCGAGACUUUGACCAAAGCCGAGUAUGAAAAACUCACUUCUGGCGAUGGAGACGAAGAAGCAGAUGUAAAGUCUAAAUUCGGCGAUGUCAAGGAUAUGGUGACUGGAGAGUUGACGGGAGAUGAGCCAAAGGCUUCGGGGGCAUUGCCUGAUGAGGACGAUGCGCCUGCUCGAGCAUCCGUGACUGUUGAUGCAGGCAAAGCGACCAAAAAGCGUAAAGUGGCUAAAGUGGUAGGAGGCGAUGACGAAGAUGAANNGCAAACAUCAAAGACACAAGCAAAGACGAGAGCAAACCAAAGAAACCCAAGAAAAGGGCAAGCCGAUAAAACUAUCGUUCGGCGAUGA